AUGGAAGAAACAGAAAUAGAUUAUAUAAUUAAAAAUAAGUCAAUCUUUCCUGUUGGUUUAACAGUUCAAGAAUGCAGAGAGGCUAUUAAAGGCGCUACUGGUUUCAGAGAAUCUAUUAGAGGGGAUACAAUUGUAUUCAAUUAUGAUUCAAUUUCAGAUGAAUCAUUUCCAGAUCCAGCAAGUGAAUUAGAUCCAAAGAAAUCAUAUUAUUUAAAGAUUAGAAGAGAAUGCAGAGGUUUAAUUUUUUGUAAGAAAACAGAAAAAUUAUUAGUUAGAAAGUUACAUAAAUUUUUUAAUAUAAAUGAAUAUAGAGAAUGUAAAGCUGAUUUGGUUAAAUUGGAUGGGGAGUAUAUAUUAAUGGAUAAAAUUGAUGGUAGUUUAAUAUCACCAAUGCUAAUAGAUAAUGAAGGUUCAGUUAUGGGUAUAUAUUGGGGUUCAAAGCAGGGUAUUUCAGAUUUGGGUACAAUGUUAAAUGAUUUUAUAGUUAGAGUGGAAUCGAAUCAAUCGAAUCAGAUCAAGUACAAUGAGUUUUCAAAGAAAUGGUUAGAAAACGGUUAUUCACCAUUAUUUGAAUUUUCAUCACCAAAACAACCAAUUAUCAUCCAUUACAAAGAAGAAGUAUUGAGAUUAAUAGCAAUGAGAAACAUUCAUACAGGUGAAUAUUUGAGAUGGGUAGAUUUAAAGAAAGCGGCAGACGAAUUCAAUAUUCCAAUGGUAGAUUUAAUUGAUAUGAAAAAAGAUUCUAAAUUUGAAUCAGUUAAAAAAACUGAAGAUUUAGUAGAAGUAGUUAAGGGUUUAAAAUAUAUUGAGGGUUGUGUAUUAAAAUUCGAAGAUACAGGUUUAAUGUAUAAAAUAAAAACAAGUCAAUAUAUAGAUUUAUCAAGAUUACAUUUAAGAUCACCAAAGGACAUCAAAUGCGAAAAGGACGUAUGGUCACUCUUACUCUCUGGUCACUAUGACGAUGUAAAAGAUACCAUUAGUUUUAUAUGCGGAGACAACGAGGAACCUAACGAAAAAAUUAAAAGAAUUAAAACUUUUUCAAAAGAAUUGUUUGAUCGUAUCGACAAGGUAUCCAUAGAAAUGAUCGAGCAUAUUUUAAAGGCCAAAAAGAACAAUAUACCAAAGAAGCAGUACCACACCACUGAAGAAUCAUCAGGUCUAACUAAAAAAGCUUUUUCACUCACCUAUAAUUUCUUUGAAGCCAUUCAGGCAGAGGAUAGUGUUCAAAAGCAUAUCUCAUUGGUUUCAAAAUCUGUUAUUAAGCGUUUAAAGGAUUCAACUACAAAUAAUGCAAAAUUAGAAGAGGGAAGAUUAAUUUUAGGUAAAGAUAUUAAAUUUUAA